ACCAAUGUCCAUAAACGCACCAUCUAGAGAACCGCUGACUGACCUGUCUGAAUAUCCACAGUGAGACAUUUUGUGGAGAGAUUGUUUUUUAUUCUGUCGUCAUCCCUUCGCUCGAUUAAGCCUCUCUUUUCAAGAAGACAUCCUGGAAACGCUCAGAGAACCGCGGAUAUCAACGCGGCAAGGAUGCUUUGUGACCCGCUGCAGGUGUGAAGAGAUGGCGGGGGAGCCGCCGGUGGGCACCGGCCGAGUGGUGCUUGUCAAGAAGAUCAUCAUGAAGGACGGAUCCGUGCUCCAGCAGGGUAUAGGCCGGCCCAGUGUGUACCAUGCAGUGGUGGUCAUCUUCCUGGAGUUCUUUGCCUGGGGUUUGCUGACCACACCUAUGCUCACAGUGCUGCAUGAAACAUUCCCCCAGCACACGUUCCUGAUGAAUGGACUCAUUCAAGGUGUGAAGGGUCUUCUCUCGUUCAUGUCUGCUCCUCUGAUUGGUGCAUUGUCGGAUGUGUGGGGGAGGCGGUCUUUCCUAUUGGUCACGGUCUUCUUCACAUGUGCCCCAAUACCCCUCAUGAGACUCAGCCCCUGGUGGUACUUUGCCAUGAUCUCCAUGUCUGGAGCGUUCUCAGUCACCUUCUCAGUCAUCUUUGCGUACGUUGCAGAUGUGACAGAUGAACGAGAGAGGAGUACAGCUUACGGUCUGGUGUCUGCUACAUUUGCUGCCAGCCUGGUGACCAGCCCAGCAAUCGGGGCGUAUUUGUCAGCCUGGUAUGGAGACAACCUGGUGGUCCUGGUGGCCACACUGAUCGCCCUCGCGGACAUCUGUUUCAUCCUGUUGGCUGUGCCUGAGUCUCUGCCAGACAAAAUGAGGCUCAAUACCUGGGGAGCACCAAUAUCCUGGGAGCAAGCUGAUCCCUUUGCUUCUCUGAGGAAGGUGGGCCAGGACACCACAGUCUUACUCAUCUGUAUCACAGUGUUCCUCUCUUACUUGCCAGAGGCUGGACAGUACUCUAGCUUCUUCCUCUACCUGAGGCAGGUCAUAAAUUUUUCCUCUACAACCAUUGCUGUUUUUAUUGGAGUUGUGGGCAUUCUAUCCAUUGUAGCACAGACUCUUCUACUCACAUUGCUGAUGAGGACUUUGGGUAAUAAAAACACUGUUCUAUUGGGUUUGGGCUUCCAGAUUCUUCAGCUGGCCUGGUACGGCUUUGGAUCAGAGCCUUGGAUGAUGUGGGCAGCUGGUGCUGUGGCAGCCAUGUCCUCCAUCACCUUCCCGGCAGUCUCCGCUCUGGUGUCACAGUCUGCAGAUCCUGAUAAACAAGGUGUAGUCCAGGGGAUGAUAACCGGGAUCAGAGGCCUUUGUAAUGGUUUGGGUCCAGCUCUGUAUGGAUUCAUCUUCUUCCUCUUCAAUGUGGAGCUCAACACCAUGGACCCCAUCCAGGGAGAUUUCGACCCCCUGCCUCUGCACAGUCCCACUGAGCAAUCUCUAAUCCCCGGCCCACCUUUCCUUUUGGGAGCUUGCACCGUGGUUGUCGCCUUCCUCGUUGCUCUCUUCAUACCGGAGAAAGCGCCCUCUGUCUCCGCAUCCUCUCCGCUGCCUCUUAGCGAUAAGCCCCGUCCGGGCAGCAAAGAGUCGCUGUCCUCCCUGGCAGGCAUCCACAUCAACACGCCUCUCCCGGGCAGCGAUGAAGAAUCUCCUCCCACCACAAGCGAGGAGGACAUUGAGCCUCUGCUGCAGGACAGUAUCGUUUGACGGACCACCGUGUGCGGGACGAACAUUGUGAUUAACAUUUUGUUCAAAAGGAGGAGAGCACAUUUUAUUUGCUGCAGGGUGAGCUAUUGUUUGUCUUGUUGUUGUGAUUGACAGCAGGAAGUGCCAAUAGCAUUGUUGCUUUGCCCGAGGGCGUGGCAUGUUACUGGACAGUCCAGUUUAAUGUGGCAGCUGCAAAGUGCUCCAAACGCGAAGCCAUUGCUUAACUGGAUGAAGACAGCGAUUUGAUUUAACAGAACGGAAACCAGCUUUUCAUACACUUUUUGCUCAAGAAGAUAAAAGAAAGUUUAAAAGGUCGUGUAGUCAAAAGAUGAUUCAUCCAAACACGCUCCUAAAUGUCCCAAUACUUAUGCAACAAACACAAUACGGUAUCCCAAAGAAAGUAGAUGACAGCUUUUCCCUCCAUCGUUCAUAUUCAGUACAUAAUACAGUUGGUUCUCGGGUUAGAUGAUGCAAGCCAAGUUUUAGCGUAAGUCUGAACGUAUUAUACCUUAAAUAAACACUGCACACACAAGGCGUGAAAUACAGUCAGAAAAAGAUGAAAUGCUAGAAUUAAAUAAGACGAAUAAAAAGACAACAACUUCUUACUUUUAUCCCUGUGGUUAUCCUACUUUCUUAAAAUAUUGUCCCAGCUAGUCUGGAGGGAUAAGCUCCUCUUCUCGGCCCGGAUCUCCGUGUAACAGCGCACAGAAUCCACGACCCCUCUAGCAUUCAUUAGCAUUCCAUCAUCUAUAUCCUUAAUGAUGGUCCUCCUCUCUCUGAUGAUGUUCAUUUUCACUCCCAUGGUGAUGGCUUUCCUUUUCUUUGGCGCACCGUCGCUUGGGAGACAUAACGAAGUUCGCUAAUAAAGCGAUGUUAUUCAUCCGCUCAGCACGAGGCACACAUUGCAUUCUUGUACACUGCGCGUAUUCUUCCACGAAACGUUCUAAACCGAGGACCACCUGUACUUCAAUACAGUGUUCCCUCGUUUAUCGCGGGGGAUAGGUUCUCAAAAUAGCCCACUGUAAAUGAAAUCCGCAAAGUUGCCAACUUUAUUUUUGUGCAAUUAUAAUAUGUUUUAAGGCUGUAAAACCCCUCACCAUGUAUUGUAUACCCUUUUCUCAGAGUGGCAAUAACAUUUUCUCACAUUUCUCUCUUGUUUAAACACUCUCAAAGUUUGAUUUUUAAUGAUCAACCUACUAGGUUGGACACAAGAUAUUAUUUCACUCCCGUGACAUUGCCUCGUCCUGCCGCUUUUCGGCUGUAGCGCUUUUGUUUCCUUCUUAAAACAUAUUGCUCCUGAAGUAGUAUUUUACUCCCCCUCCUCGUCCUCCAUGAAUCGAAGAUUCCUUUACAGUAUUCCGGAGCCGUGUAACUUCUGCCUUCCUUCAGCAUGUCCAGAAGCUAGCAAACAGCUAGCGAUCAUACAACAGGAAACACGGCAGUGCUGCAUGAAGGACAUUGAUUGACAGUGGUCUACAGCCAAUCAGAACGCAGAACACUUAGCCAAUUGGGACUGUUGUGGCUCUAUAUAUAACCGGCUACAUAUACUGAGACAGGUGGAGGGUCACACAUCUUUACUUGCACUGCACACAUCAUCAACUCUCACAAGAGUAUACAACGCCCUCUACUGUGAUCAGUAGUGAAUACAAUAACAGACACAUACAACAGAGCACAGAUAGAUGGCUCUGAUACACCAAAACAAUGUGUGUUUAUACCCUGUUAAAAAAACAUGCAAUAUUGCACUUAAAAAUAAGCGAGUCCGCAAAAAACAGUAUUAUGACACAGAUGUAUUCUACCAACUUGUGAAUGUACUCAGUCUUUUCUCACCCUCCAACGUAUAAAAAUGUCAGUAAAUCUGGUCUGAACGUCCUACUAAAUGCCAUGUUUGGACCAUUUGCUCUUUGGGGGGGACAUAUGCAGCAUUUGAACUGUAGUGAGGAGGCACAAUGUACAUAAUGACUUGCUUUAAGACCUUCAAAUGUAACUGAACAUGAGCGAUGGGUUUUGUGUUUUUGUUGGGAGUUGGGAUUAGACUCUAGAAGUAACACUGAAAGGUUACGACCACUCUGGAGCCAUCGUAUGAAGCUCGUCUUUGCAACAUCAACGCACACCUGAAGGCACACCAGAGGUUUUCAUUGUGUUUAACUGACAACCCAAAACAUGUUCUCAUGACCUCCUGUUUUAUAAUCACCAACAAGACGUAGUUUGUCGCUCCUGGAAGUGAUGAUUAUAUUUAGGAGGAAAUUGUCCAAACCCAUAUCAUAAUUACGAUGAAAAUGUUAUUUGAUUGUGGCCCGCGGCGGUGAAAGGGUCUCAAUGCUGUAAAUGUUGUACAUAGAUUCGGUGUUUGUCAUGAAACCAAAUGUACAUGGGAUUGACUUUAAAUGUAUGUUUCUUCUGAAUGUGUUAAGAAAAGAAACAAAACUUUGUUGGUUAGUAGAAAUUAAAACAGAACACACCCGA